AUGAGUGUGUGGAUUCAUUUGCCGUUGAUCCUCGCCAGCAGCCGGGAGGAGGGGUAUGAAGCUGCAAAGCUGUUGCUUAUAUUCUUCGUGCCUCCCUCUCCCUCGUCCCCCUCGCCCCCCUCGUCUUCUCUAUCCCCCCUCGUCCCCCAGCAUUCCCCCAACCAGUGCGUGGACUUCAAAGGUCGCACGCCCUUGUUUCUCGCCAGCAGCUGGGCAGAGGGCUAUGAAGCUGCGAAGCUGCUGAUGCAGAUGGGGGAAUUCAAAUGCUUUGUGCUUCCCGUCCCCCUUCAUCCCCCCUCAUCCCUCCUCAUCCUACCAUGCGUGGAUUCCAAGGGUCGCACGCCCUUGAUUCUCGCCAGCAGCCGGGCGGAGGGCUAUGAAGCUGCGAAGCUGCUGAUGCAGAUGGGCGCCCAUGUACACGCCUACUGCAAAGGUCCGGGAGGGGGCACAGCCAUUCACCAUGCCGCUCGCAAGCAGCUCGACGCCACAGUGAAGCUGCUGCUGGACCAUGGAGCGGACCCCCUUCUCCCCAACGACGAACGCAAGAACGCUCUGGACCUGGCCAGAGAGAGAAACGCCACUGCUGUCGUUAGACUUAUCGAGAGCCGGGUGGCAUUGUUUGAGGGCUAUGUACGCCAGCAGACCCUUUCAGCGCCGUCGCUAGUCAAAGCCUUUAUCCCGCAAUGGGUGUACCGGAGAAUCUGGGUGGCAGUGCUUCCAGGGCCCGCCAUGAGUGACGGACGCCAGACAUUCCGCCUCGCUCUUUAUCCGUCCAUGGCUUUUGGAGCUCCCUAUUUCGACAUAGCACUGCAUGUGUGCCGCAUUCACAUGACCAAGCUGGACUCUGCCAACCCUGUACUCGUUAUAGAGGACCCCGUUCAUGCGGAGAAGGGCAAGUGGAAGUUUGUGAGCGACAAGGAUUCACCCGACCCCUCUCAGAUAUUCCGCCUGCACGACGCGUGCCGAGGAACACCACGGGCUCGCACCCAGUCAGCCAAUCAGCAUCCGACACCUCAGCAUGUGGCACAAUCACGGACACCAGCAACCCAGCUCCCAGCAUCUCGAUCUCACACUGCCCCCUCCUCCAUUCACCAACCGCCCCCACCACAGGUGCACCCCACCAUGUACCCCCAACCUCCUGCCGCUCCUCCUGUUUCCCCUUUUGCUGCUCCUGCUGCUGCUGCUGCUGCUUAUGAUGCGUAUGCUGCGGCCUAUUACACACAGCAGCAGGCACAGCAGCAGCAGCAGGCAUGGCAGCAGUAUCAGCAGCAGCAGCAGGCAUGGCAGCAGCAGCAGCAGCAGCAGCAGCAGCAGCAGCAGCAGCAGCAGCAGCAGCAGCAGCAGCAGCAGCAAGGGGGGUGUUCAGGAGCAGCAGCGGGAGCAGGAGGGAUGGCGUCAGGAUCAUCUGACUCCAGGGGCGUGGUGAACGUGCACGCGUGGCAGGAUGACGUGGACGAGGACACGGCGUUCCAGCUGGCGCUCUCUGAGUCGAUGCAAACUGCCAGCACUGCCAGCUCUGCCCGAGCCGAUGCCCCUGGUGCUUCUGGAACCGCUGCUGCUGCUGCUGCUGCGGCUGCUGCUCAGGGCAUGAGCAGAGGGGAGGAAGGAGCAGACGGGUUUAUUCUCACCCGCUCCUCCUCCGAGCCUCAGUCCAGAUCCGGACGCUCCCUCUCCUCAUCUUCCUCUUCUGCUGCUGGUGUUGGUGCUGCUGCCACCGAUGCAUUCACUGCUUCCCAUCGCUCCUCGAGGUCCGUUUCAGCCUCUGCUGACCGGCACCCGUUUGCCCCACCUGCUUCCCCCAUCCCCUCUUCCUCUGCUGCUGCCGGCGCUUCUUCUGGCGUUGCUGCUGGCCCAGCAGCUGGCUCAGCUGGCACAGCAGGUACAGCAGGUACAGCAGGCACUGCUGCUGCAGCAGGGGUGGAAGGGGGUAGAAUGCGCGACGAGAUAGCGAAUCAGUUCUCAUCUGUGGCACCGGCGUUCAACCGAGCAGCAGCAGCCGUGUCGUCGCUCUUUGCUUCCGGCCCACCAUCAGCACCCCCUGUGGAUGGUCCUGCUUCCACAGCAGGGGCAUCAGUGGGAGCAGGGAGAGUGCCAGGAGCAGCCGUGACAGGCCAGCCAGCUUCAGCAGCAGCAGCAGCACCAGCAGCAGCAUCAGUAUCACCAGCACCAGCAGGAGCAGCUCCAGCUUUCAAUGCUAGAGCAGCAGUGGCUGCUGAGGCAAUUGCAACAGCAGCGGGGGCUCUCACGUCAGCAACAGCCGCUGCAGCCGCGACGGCAUGGCAGCGAACCACCGGCCACCGUGCUUCCUUCUUCGACCCUCCUCUCAUCCAGUUCUCCCCUCCCAGCAGCCCCAGGCGAAACCCUAACCCUCACAUCCACCCGCAGGCUCAGCCUCCCGACUUCCAUACCCAUACGCCUGCUAACGUCCCAUCCGCAGCAGCAGCGUCUGUGGCUUAUCCUGCCAGCCUUCCUUCGCCAGGUGCGGCAUCUGUAGCGGAGCUACAUCCGAGCUACAACCCUGAAAGGGUGCAGGCAGAACUUGCCAGGGCACAGGCGAGCCUAGGGCGAGGAGCAGCAGGUGCAGCUGUAGCUAGUGGAGGUGCAGCAGGAACAGGGAGAGGAACAGGCGCAGGAGCAGGAGCAGGAGCAGGAACAGGAACAGGAGCAGGAGCAGGAGCAGGUGCAGGAGCAGGAGCAGGAGCAGGAGCAGGAGCAGGUGCAGGAGCAGGAGCAGAGGCAGGGCCAGAGGCAGGGGCAGAGGCGGGAGUAGCAGCAACCGGAGGGGCACCAGCAUCAUCAACAGCAGGAGGGGCGUCUAGAGAGGGUCAGUGUGUGAUUUGCUGGGACUCAGCAGCGCAGGCAGUGUGUGUGCCCUGUGGGCAUGUGGCGGGGUGUGUUGAGUGUCUCAGUGAGGUUAGAUCCAAGGGCUGGGGCUGCCCUGUGUGCCGAGCUCCCAUCCGAGAAGUGGUGAAGAUUUUCCAUGUUUAG